AUGGUUUCUUGGAGCAAAGGUGAAGGGUCCUCGAGCCUACCCAUGGUUGGGGCUGAGAAACUCAGAUGCAGUACUGACGAUCCUCACCCCAUUGAAAGCAAAGCUAAAGGUUGGCAAAAUGAUAUAUAUACUCAACUAUGGCUUGCAUGCGCUGGUCCCCUGGUUAAUGUUCCUCAUGCUGGGGAUAAGGUUUACUACUUUCCUCAGGGUCACCUUGAACAGGUUGAAGCAUACAUGAACCAGGAUGAUAAUGUGGAAAUGCCCAUCUACAAUUUACCUUCUAAGAUUCUUUGCAAGGUUGUCUAUAUUCACUUGCAGGGAGAGGAGCCUAGUCUGGAGGAUGGAACUUCUCUACCUCUCCCUAAGAAAAGUCAUGCACGCACCUUCAGCAAGAAACUCACUCCAUCUGAUACAAGCACUCAUGGUGGAUUCUCUGUUCCCAAGCGUAAAGCUGACGAAUGCUUUCCGCCUCUGGUUGGACCUGUCUCAGCAACCUCCCGUGCAAGUACUGGUGGCACAGGAUUUGCAUGGAUCAGAAUGGUUCUUCCGUCAUAUAUAUCGUGUGGAGAGAAUGGAGAGCUUAAAGUUGGGUUGCGCCGUGCAGUGAAACCACAAUACAGUGCAUCAGCAUCUGUUCUAUCCAGCCACAGCAUGCAACAUGGCAUACUUGCCAGUGCCUUCCAUGCCAUUUCUACUGGAACCAUGUUUACUGUGUAUUACCGUCCUUGGACAAGCCCUGCUGAAUUUCUAAUCCCUUUUGAUCAAUACAUGAGGUCAGCUGAGGUGGAUUACUCAAUUGGAACGAGAUUCAAAAUGCAAUUUGAAAGUGAAGAAUGUUCUGAAAAUAGGUGCCCAAAAUUCGCAGGAACGGUAGUUGGAAUUGAAGACAUUGAUCGCAUUAGGUGGCCUGGUUCAGAGUGGAGAUCUCUUAAGGUGCAAUGGGAUGCCACGGCAAAAAUGCUUGUUCACCCGGAAAGGGUUUCUCCUUGGAGCAUCGAACCUAUUGGAAUCACCAAAAAGAAGUGUAAAGCUAUUGUACCCCAUCCAAAGAGGGCACGCCCUUUUGACACAAGAGCUGCUGCUCUGGUCAAGGAUGGUUCAAUGAAGAGGUCGGUUGAGUGCCCAUCUCAAAGACAAUUGGGGGUCUUGCAAGGUCAAGAAAUCAGAACUGUAGGUACACAGAUACACGGUGAAUCAACUCAAUCGUCAUCGCCACAUUUUACGCCACAACCACAUCCAGGAUGGGGUCAGAUGCAACAACUAGGAUUGGAGAAUCAGCUGCCUUUUCGGAUUCAUCAGGCAUUUCGUCCGCAGCCUGACAACACCAUAGCUUUUCCUGGUGGAGCUCCCCCUAAUUGGAGGGUUGCAAACUCCUGGUCCUCAACGUUCAGUUCUUGUGGAACUCAUAAUAACUCUGAAGCAAGUAACGUCAAUUCCAACAGCUCUGCAUCUCAGGACUGGAAGGCUUCUGAAGAGAAGGACGUGACUGAAGCUGCACGGGUCAAACCAAACGGCAGCAGGAAUUGCCUGCUCUUUGGAGUCAAUAUAUGUAAUAAUCAUUCGGAGCUCCCUUCACUACAAAUUGAGUCUACGAGUGAGCUAACAAGUCUUUGUUCUGUCCCUCCAGCAGUAUCUCAGUUGAGGAUUUCUGAAACCAUUCACAUUUCAGAGAAGUUAGAGAGUAUUUCUGCCAGUCUUCCAGAGAAGCCAUGUGGUAACUGCUGUUCCCGGACUUGCACAAAGGUAGUGAAGUAUGGAACUGCUCUAGGAAGGUCAGUUCACCUGGCGCAUUUUGAUGGGUAUAUCGAACUUAUUUGUGAGCUCGACAAGAUGUUCAACUUCGAGGGAGCACUGCUUGAUGGGAGCAGUGAUUGGCAUGUUACCUACAAAGAUGGCGAGGGGAAUAUGAUGCUGCUUGGAGACUUUCCAUGGCCGGUUUUUCAGGUCAUGGUGCGAAAGUUGUUCAUCUGCCCAAAGGAAGAUGUUGAUAAGGUGGAUCUCAGCUUGUCAAAAUAAACACCCUACAAAAAGUUCCUUCUGAAGGUCACUUUCUACUGCUGCUUCUGCACAAUUAAUGUUUCAGAGGACUCUAUACAAGUUUAUACUUCCCUACAUAUAUCAGCGAGAGAGUACACAUGAAAAAUGGUAAACAUACUACAUAUGGUGUUGCGCUUUUAUAACUAAAAAUGGC